CCCAAACACGCUAGACUUUUGGUCAGCACGCUCUUCUCCAUGGAAGAAAGAGAGUUUGUAUUUGAAAUUUUCACAGUGCCGGCCCAAGACAAGAGAGUACCAACCCAUAUAGAACUAACUAUCACUACCAGUGUUCUUUCUUUCUGAUAAUUAUUCAUUCUGAAUCUGCAAAUAAAGGAAGGGAAAGGAAGGGAAAGGAAAGGAAAACUGAGAGAGAGAGAGAGAGAGUUUGGUAAAUGUCGAUGGGAAGCGAUACGACUUGGGUGAGCAAGAAACCUCUGAGACGCUUGGGAGGAAUGUCCGAUGCCCUCUCCAUCGCCUCCGACCUUGGUUUCUCUCUCCCUCCUCCUCCUUCUCAGGAAGAGUUUCAAAACUUAUCCACUACUACUGGUGAAAAGGGUGAUGACUUGAUAAGGGUUUUAAGAGAACUUACCACUGUACAAAGAAAAAUAGCAGAUUUGCAAGUGGAACUUCAAGGUCGCAAGGAGGAUAAGAAUGUAGCACAUUUGACACAUGUGAGUGAAAUGGAAAAGAAGAUUGAGACUUUGGCAAGAAUUACGACUAUAUUGAAGGAUGUCAUUCAGAACAAGGACCGCAUUAUAGCUCGUCUUCAACAACCAUAUUCACUUGAUUGCAUCCCCGUGGAAGCAGAGUUUCAGAAACAAUUUUCAGAGUUACUAAUGAAGGCUGCAAGUGAUUAUGGAGCCUUGACUGCAUCUGUUGCAGAUUUCCAGUGGAGUCAAAACUUCAAGGAACCACCUUCUGUAUGGGGGGAAAUGCUCCGUCCAAUUCCUGUCGCUUUAGCAUCUUGUACCCGAUUCUUUGAAGCCAUGUCUGCAAUGAGGGAAUCAUUUGCUACACUUCAAAAUUUGAGAGUGGGUCAUUCCUCUUCUUCCUUGCAUGCAACACCAGCCAAGGAUUCUUCUCAAAGAGCACUAGGGGAUUCUGAAUGCGUGACCCCACCUCCUUGGAGGAGUGAGUCAGAAGAUUUAACUCUCAGAACCCUCAGUGGUCCAAAAGCAGAAGAUGAACGUAGCGAAGUAGGCGACACUAAUCAAGUUGAUGGCACAAGCCACAGGAUAUUGUCCUGGCCUCCUUCAGUAAAAAAGAGUGGAUUAUAGCGAGGUUUUUUCUAUAUUAAUUGUGUAUGUGUGCUACAUUUUCAUUAUGGUGUGAUUCUUUCUGCUCUUCCUUUUGCAGCGGUACCUCAUCUUUUUGUUUCUGUUUUGUAUUGUGUGGGCGCUUGCAUGUUUGGUUAUCUUAUUCAUGCAUAUAGUCUUUAAAUGCAUUGUGUGUGAUGGGCUGUUUCAAACAACCACAGUUACAUACGCAUCUUAUUGCGCUUAGUUCAGUUUAAAAGACACCGGGUGAUUUGCCCUUCACAAAUAUUGGGAAGUUGAUAGGUUUUUGGUAACUAGCCCUAACACGGUUUAAUUUGGAGAGGGGACAUGCUCUGAGUUUAGCAUCAGAUGAAAAUUGGCUUUUCGAAACCGUCCAACAGUGGGAAGAGACAAGGAAGGUGGAGAUGGGCUCAAACGCUAGCAGGCACGCUUGCGUGUGAUAUAAUCGAGGCCAACUCGGAUUUGGUGAGUAUACAAACAUAUAUAAUAUGCUCUACUCAAUUAUUAGGAGAUUUUAUUGAUUUUUGGAAACAUUUCAAGGAGCAUAUACUUUUGUGCUGGAAGAAUAUUUCCUAUGAAAGAGUUUGUGGUCACCUCUA